UCACCAUCACCAAACGAUGUCGUCCAGUCUAACUCCAUGUCGCUUCGAGAAUUUGGUGCUGCUGUGUCAGUCUUGCUUGGUUUUGUGCCAUCGGAUGCACUCUCAGCUGCUAGUUCAUUGAAGUUUAAUGUUCUCUUGCCCAAUCCGUUUAACAGGCCUCGUGCUGUUUUCAUGCUGGAAGUCACUGAAGAGCUUCCGUCUGUGGCUGAUCAAGCAAAUGUAAUAUUCAAUGCUGCCUACAAGAGCAAGAUUGUUCCUGGUUCAAAUAAAGCUGAUAUUCAACUUCCAGGUGAAGAGGUUUUAGUGGUUUCUCUCGAUGAAGAAUUUGUGGAUUUCACUGACGAGGAUUUAAGUGAUUUUGCAUCUUGGUUGGGUGGAUCAUAUGCUGUUGAUCCCUUGGAAGCACUGAAGGGAGAAUUAGCAAUCCCACUGGCUAGUGGUGCCACUAUAAAUCUUCAUAUGUCUAAGAAAGCAAACAGGGAAUUCAUAGCAAGUCUUCUAGCUUUGCUCCACAAUAGUAGAAAAGCUGUUGAGAUGCAUGGAGAUGUGUCACUGAGCAAUCAACCACCUGCAGAGUUAUUGAAGGGCAGUUUUGAUGGCCUUAAGGCUUUGCAGGAGCAUUAUGGACCCGAGGGUGUUGCACAGAAAGGGCUAGAGCUAUUAAUUACUAUGUUGUCCAAGAUGUUUGAUUCAUUGCAAGCAGCUUACAAAGGUCAAAUUGUCGGAGCAAUCCUUUUUAAUACAGCAACUGCACCAGAAUCAGAAACAUUGCUGAAUGUCAUGUUGACUUCCCGGCCAUCUGCACGUUGGUUGGAAGAAACAAAAGUGCCCACUAAUGAAACCAUUGCAGAAGUGGUCUUGGUUAGAAUCACCCUUGCUUGGAUUACUGGAAUUGUUCUUAUCAUUGCUACUCUUUUGGGGAUCUACUUUCUCUUCAGCAUGCCACUCACAAAGGACACCCUUUUGUAUUCCAACGUCAAGCUGGACUAAGCUGAAAGGAAGCUGAUCGAUCUUCUGACUGCUGGGAGUGAUGCAGUGGAUAUGGCUUAUUUGUAGAUGUCUUGUUGUAAACAAACCUACUCCUUGGUUGUUGUGUUGCAUUGAGAAGGUUUCCAGCGAAUCAGAUGCUUGCAUCACAGGCAUGUGUAGCUACUUGACCAAGGGUGUAGAGGCUUACAAGAAAACCCGUUGGUCGAUGCGAAGUCCUUUCAUAUACAGUAGUAGGUACACUGUAAACCCCGUUCGAGGAGAUAAAAAAUGCGGAGCAACAAUAUCAUUGUGCAAUCUUGUCUUUUCGUUUCUGAAGUUGUUUGUCAUAAUCUACGUGCAUUUGUUGAAUAAGGAGGAUGCCAUCAGGAUUUGUACUUGUAGUUAAUCAUUAAUACUCUCUCCAGUUUUUGAAUAAAGGAAACUUCCCUCGUUUCGUUC